UUACUUUAUUUUUUCUGUCAGCAGAGGCAGGGGUAUUGUGUUUUCCAGGGAUCAGAGAAAAAUGGCCUCCAAUCGGCAGAGAAAUGUGGCCCAAAAGCCGGAGGAGAGGAUGUCCGAGGAGAACGAUAAGUCGGGCAGCGAUAGCGACUUGAGCGAAGGCGACAUGCAAAUGUACACGUUUGUGGAUGAUCCGAAUGUCCUGCGAAUUGCGAUCAUGGCUGAUGCCGAGGUCACCCUGGGCUUUCUUCUGGCCGGCGUUGGCUAUCAAAAGGACAGGUUCCGCAACUAUAUGAUGGUGGAAAGCGAAACGGCGCAAGAGGAUCUAGAGCAAUUCUUCCUGGCGGUCUACAGGAGGACCAACAUCGGCAUCAUCAUCCUCGACUACAAUACGACCAAAAGACUGCGCUCCCAGAUCCAGCGAUGUCACCAACUGCUCCCCGUGCUGGUCACAGUGCCCAACAAAUCCUCACUGACCACCUAUCUGGACAAAAAGGACCGCAACCGGCGACUCCGCCAGCGGGACGCCUACUAGGCCAUGGUAUCUGCCUCAGGGAGCUAGAAAGCCCCUUCCUCUGCCACAAAUUUCAGGAAAUUAGUAAGUAGUUUAGCCAAAUCAGGGCUAAAGGACUGACUCACGAUUCCGUCAAUAAAAGAAAUAUUUAAUUUUUGAGAAA